CUUUAGAGGUGGAUUUCAUUCGUGAGCUGACAAAGUAAAGUUUUAAAAGAUGGCGGAGAAGUCAGUAGAGGUUCGUGUGAAAAAGAGAAAACAGCAGCAUCGUGUCCAGCUGCAUCAGCAGCAUCAGGAGCAUCAGGAGCAGAGGCAGCAGCAUUAUGAGAGCAGCUUUUACCGGAGCUCCAAGUCCUCUGUUAGCAAGCAAUCAUUCGCGUCUUACAGCGCCAGCCAGACAAGCGAAAGCCUGGAGUGCCUGAAGAGCUUCCUGAAGACCAAGGGGGAGGAGGUGGUGAGACUGAGCCCGUUACCUAAAAGAGCCCAGCGCGCCUAUCUGGCAAUGGACACAGACAAAGAGAUCAUCGGCUACGUGGUGCCACUAUUCAGAGCCAAUCAUGAAGUGGUCCGUGGUCUGGUAGAGGGCCGCGAGGAAGGGCGGGUGGAGGAGGGCAUACAGUACGUGGCCAUGAGGAACCUGUUCACGCGGGAGGCUCGGGAGGCCAUGGAGAUUAAGGUGGAGAAGAAGAGCCACUCCAGACACGUCAGAGAGUCUGCCGAACGGGUUGAGCUUGGAAAGACGCUGGAAGAGUGGUCUGAGUUUCGAAAGAAGAUGAACCCGGACAGCCUGACACACUCUCCUGAAUUCAUAGUGAAGCCCCGUGGACAGACUGUUUGGGAGGGCAAUUCGGUCAAAUUGCUCUGCACUGUGGCUGGAUGGCCCAAGCCCAGGAUCGCUUGGUAUAAAAAUAACGUCCUGAUUGAUGCUAAGGCCCACCCUGAGAAGUACACCGUUGAGAGCAACUACAACAUGCACUCCUUGGAGAUCAAGAACUGUGACUUCUAUGACACCGCUCGGUAUCACGUCUCCGCUCUCAACAUUAAGGGAGAAGUUUCUUCUGUUGCAACGAUUGUUGUCAAACGGUUCCAGGAGGGUGAUGAAGCAGGUCCCCUUGAUCCCAAACCACAUGGUUACAGCGCUGAACACGGUGUCACCUUUAACACCACCAUUAUUGAUAAGUUUGAAGUGGCUUUUGGUCGUGAGGGCGAGACCCUGAGUCUGGGCUGCACUGUCAUUGUUUACCCCACAGUGAAGAAAUACCAGCCUGAAAUCAUCUGGUACAGAGACUCUGUGCCCCUGAAACCCUCUAAGUGGGUGCACACUCACUGGUCUGGAGAGAGAGCCACUCUGACUCUGGUUCAUCUGAACAAAGAGGAUGAGGGCCUGUACACUCUGCGCGUCAACACCAAGUCUGGAUUUGACUCCUACUCCGCCUACGUGUUUGUCAGAGAUGCGGAGGUGGACGUUGAGGGAGUCCCCGUGGCUCCUCUGGAUGUCCGCUGUCAGGAUGUGAACAAGGAUUAUGUGGUGGUGACCUGGAAACAGCCGGCUGUGGAGGGCAGCAGUGCCAUCCUUGGAUACUUCAUUGACAGGUGUGAAGCGGGUACUCUGCAUUGGGCACAGUGUAAUGACAUCCCAGUGAAGUAUGCCCGGUACCCUGUGACCGGGCUGGUGGAGGGGCGCUCGUACCAGUUCAGGGUGCGGGCGCUGAACAAGGCCGGAGUGAGUCGUCCGUCUAGAGUCUCUGAAACUGUGGUGGCUAUGGACCCCUCCGACAGGGCACGCCUCAGAGCUGGCCCGUUGGCUCCUUGGACUGGAAUGAUCAAAUUUACAGAGGAAGAUUCCACUGCCGGUGUGGUCCCUGGUGAACCCACUGAUGUUGUUGUUACCGAAGCAACGAAGAGUUAUGUGGUUUUGGCCUGGAAACCUCCGGCACAGAGAGGUCACGAAGGGGUCGUGUACUACAUUGAGAAGUGUAUCUCAGGCACAGACUCUUGGCAGAGGGUGAACACUGGGAUGCCUGUGAAGUCUCCACGCUUCGCUCUGUUUGACCUGGCCGAGGGAAACUCCUACAGCUUCAGAGUGCGCUGCUGUAACUCUGCAGGCACCAGCGAGGCCUCCCAGCCCACUGCAGAGACCACUGUGGGGGACAAGAUGGACCUGCCCUCAGCUCCAGGAGUCCCAGUGGCCAUCCGAAACACCAGUACCUCUGUGGUUCUGUCCUGGUCUGGGUCCAAAGAUGUGAAGCACCUGGCUGGAUACUACAUCGAGUGCAGUGUGGUGGGCACCGAGGAGUGGCUGCCCUGUAACAACAAACCUGUCAAACAAACCAGGUUUGUGUGCCAUGGACUUAUUCCUGGUGCUAACUACGUGUUCAGAGUGAAGGCGGUGAAUGCUGCAGGUUACAGUCAGGUCACAGCCAACUCAGAGGCUGUAGUUGUCCUGGACGCUGUGGCCGUUCCUGGAAAGCCGAGUGGUGUGCGUGUGGUGGAGGCGGUGAAGGACUACAUGGUUCUGACCUGGGACCCCCCAGCUCACAACGGAGGAGCCGACAUCAGGGGGUAUUUCAUUGACUACAGGACAGUCAAAGGAAGUGCAGCCGGACAGUGGCACGAGAUGAACCACCAGGCUGUGACCACUAACACCUUUAAAGCUGAAAACCUGAAGGAGAACAUUGUCUACCAGUUCCAAGUACGUGCGAUGAACAUGGCUGGAGUGAGCAAGGCAUCUCUGCCCAGUGCAGCUCGGGAGUGCAUGGAAUGGACCAUUACUGUCCCAGGUGUCCCCGUUGGCCUUCACGUGCUGGAGGUCCGGGACACGUCUGUGGUCGUGCUUUGGGAGCCUCCUCUGUUCGAUGGUCGCAGUCCAGUGAAUGGAUACUACCUGGACCUGAAGGAGGUCUCAGCUGGAGAAGAGGGCUGGGUGGCUGCUCACGAAAAGGCCAACAAGAAGCUGUACAUGAAGGUUACUGGUUUGUCAUCAGGUGUCUCUUACGUUUUCCGUGUCCGGGCUCAAAAUCUCACUGGAGUUGGAAAGGCUUCUGCAAACCUGGGUCCAAUCCUUGCCCAGACUCGUCCUGGCACUAAGGAGAUCUAUGUGGAUGUGGACGAUGAUGGCAUUAUCUCUAUGAUCUUUGAAUGCUCUGAAAUGAACGAGGGAUCUGAGUUUGUUUGGUCCAAAAACUAUGAAGCCCUCACAGAUACCUCUCGUCUCACUAUUGUCACUGAGGGCGGCAAAACCAGGGCCAUCUUUAACUCCCCCUCUCUGGAUGAUCUGGGCACUUACUCUUGUAUGGUCACUAACACAGAGGGCAUCUCCUCCAGCUACACCCUGACAGAGGAGGGUCUGAAACGUCUCCUAGAUCUCAGCCAUGAGCACAAAUUCCCCGUUAUUCCCUUCAAAAAUGAGAUGUCGAUGGAGCUGCUGGAGAAAGGCCGUGUGCGUUUCUGGUGCCAGGUGGAGAAGUGCACUUCGGCCUGUGAUGUGGAGUAUGCUUUCAACGAUGCCAUCAUCACUCAGGGAAAGAAAUAUACUAUGAAUUUCGACAAGACUUCUGGCAUCAUUGAAAUGUACAUGGACUCUCUGGAGGUGACUGAUGAGGGAACUUUCACUUUUAAACUGGUCGAUGGCAAAGCUAAAGGCACAACCAGUCUGGUGCUGAUUGGUGAUGAAUUCAGGGAGCUGCAGAAGAAAUCAGAGUUUGAAAGAGCAGAAUGGGUCAGGAAACAAGGUCCUCACUUUGUGGAGUACCUUGGCUUUGCUGUUACUUCUGCCUGCGACGUGCUGUUGAAAUGCAAGAUUGGAAACAUUAAGCCUGAGACUGAAAUCAUUUGGUCCAAGGACAGUAUUGAGAUUGCGGAGGAUGAUGAGGAGGCUGCGCAGAUUGAGAUGAAGGACGGCAAUCUGUCGUUUAACAUCGGAAAGAUCAGCAAGAAGGACGCUGGAAUUUACGAUGUGUUCCUGAGAGAUGAAAGAGGCAAAGACAAGAGCGUCUUUAACCUGACAGACGCAGGUUACCAAGCAGUUAUGAAUGAGCUGUUCAGAGUUAUUGCCAACUCCUCUACUGAAAUCCAAAUUACUAGCACUGAGCAUGGCCUGAUCCUUCAUUCAAAUGUCACAUAUUAUAAUGAGGACCUGCGUGUCGGAUGGCUGCACAAAGAUGCUAAGAUUGCGGCUUCAGAGAGAGUGAAGUCCGGAGUGACUGGAGAGCAGCUCUGGCUCCAGAUCAAUGAGCCCACAGAGAAAGACAAGGGCAAAUACACCAUGGACAUCUUCGACGGCAAAGACGGAGUCAAGAGAGUAUUCGAUCUGAGCGGCAAAGCCUGGGAAGAGGCGUUUGAGGAGUUCCAGAGGCUGAAGGCUGCAGCGAUUGCAGAGAGAAAUCGUGCUCGUGUUGUUGGAGGGUUGCCAGAUGUUGUUGCUAUUCAGGAGGGCAAGUCCCUGAAUCUGACUGGCAAUGUGUGGGGCGAGCCGGCACCGGAGGUGAGCUGGACAAAGAACGACAAAGAGCUGGUGUCUGAUGAUCGCUACAAACUCAAGUUUGAGCAUGGAAAGUUCGCCUCCAUCACCAUCGCUGCUGUGACGACGACUGACUCCGGCAAAUACGCCCUUGUGGUUAAGAACAAGUACGGCACAGAGGCGGGCGAGUUCACGGUCAGUGUGUACAACCCGGAAGAAGAGGAGAGCAAGAAAGACUAAAGAUCAUAGUGUCAUGUAUCUAUGGUAACCAGAGAAUGAGAGACUGAGCUUUCUCUAAAGCAUUUACCUGGCACACGCCAGUGCUCAGACCAGUCUGAAUAAACAAACAAACACAGUA